AUGUGCUCCUACACGUAUUCAUGGUACUAUUGUAACCAUGAUUACUACAUUUGGGCCGACAGCCUCGAAGUCUGCGCGAACCGCCUUCUCUCAGGCUAUUCCUUCGACGCCUGGUCAAUCGACCUGUGCAAGAACAUGAAAGUGCAAUGCGGCGGGUUUUCAAACUACUACUGCACAGAUUGCUCCGAAGACGUGACGCUGGAAUUUGAGCUCGACGAACUGUAG